AUGGCUAGUGAUCCUUUUACGAAGCCAUCAGGUGAUCAUUAUUCCCAUGAUAAUAGGUUUAGGGCAAAGGGUGCCCAAUCUCAGGCUGGUGGGGGUCAAUCCGCUCCAUCAUAUCCUCCUUAUAGAUUCUGUGAGCAGAUGCACCAUUGGUUUUAUGAAGAAGGGAGGAACAGGUGUUUUAAAUGUGUUCCUGCACCAAAGGGUGCUACUUCUACUUCUGGUAUCGGUACUCGCCAAAAUCACUUGUUUGUUCUUGUUACCCGCCAGGACUCUGAGUCAUCUUUCGAUGUUGUUACUGGUAUGUUACGACUCUUUUAUCGUGAUGUGUAUUGCUUGCUUGAUCCAGGAUCUACCCCAUUUGUGGCUGUGCAUUUUAGUUCGACUCGA